AUGUAUUAAUAAUAAUUAUAAUAGGAGAGUAUUGAAUUAGGUAAUAAACGUAACUAGACAAGACUACUUGAGUCAAUAAAUGAACUUACUAUGCAAUAGAAAUAAUCACUCUUAAUAAAUAUUUUACAAAUCUCAAUGUAAGAGAGGAAAGCUGAAAUUUUAUAGUUAAUGAGAAUAAUAAUGUCAAAAGUUGAUUUUUUCAAUCAAUUUUAAGUAGAGAAUGUAGAUCAUGAUGCUUAUGAUUAUUGUUUGAAGCAUCUAACAUUUGAAACCUUUUCGAAAGUAUGAAUCUUAUUAAGUUUUAUAGAAUACAGUUAUAUUUGAAAAAGGAGAGUAACCUCAAAAUAUUUAUGUAGUAAUACGUGGAUAAGUGUCAUUAUACUGUAAUGAUCAUUUAUUAGAUUAAAAAAUAACAAAAAAACAUUCUUAAAGUGUAGACUAUGGUAGAGAAUCACAAUGUAACAACAGAAUUAAAUUUUCUGAUUUUAAAGUGAAAAGGUAUAUAGAAAUAUAAAUUUAUCUAAUUUUUAGUUUAGUUCGUUUAACUGAAUUCAAAGAAUGGAAGACUUUUGGUGAAUAAGCUAUUUUAGAUUAAAGAUUAAGAACUAAUUUUGCAGUUUGUGAUAUUGAUUCUUGUUUGGCAAUUUUAAGCAAAGAACAUUAUAAUAAUGCUAUUUAAAUUUUGGAAAAGAAGAAAGAACAGCAUCGUAUGAAUAAAUUUAAAUUGAAUCCUAGUUUUUAAGGUUUAAAUAAGAAAUUAAUCAAUAUAAUGCUAUUUAGUUAUUAAUCAUCAGAAUACAAAUUUCGAGACAUUAUUUAUAAGUAGGGUUAAGCUGAUUCUGAUAUUAUAUACAUUAUAAAAUAAGGAGAAUUCUUAGUGUAUUAGGAAUAAUAAAAGAUUAAUGAAUAAUAGUAGAUGAGAGUGAGAAAAUAAAUUGCAAUAAUGACAACAGGUGAAAUAUUUGGAGAUUAUGAAGCAUUUGAAAAAAUUGCACGUUAAUAUAAUGUGUAAUGUAAUUCUCACAAUGGAAGCUUAAUUAUUAUACCUUUAUAAUCAUUAUUUUAGAAAUUAUCAUAAUUUAAUGAAUAACAUUAUGUAUAAUAAUUAAAGUAAUUAUGUAUGAAAAAGAAUAAAUGGUAUCAUGAUUUCAAAAGUAAUAUAGAAUAAACUUAAGAGAAAUAUUAGCAUUUUUUAACUAUUUAAGAAUAGAAAUAUAAUAAUUUAAAUGGUUCAUCUAAAUUAAUAGAUUCACCUAGUAAAAUAAAUAAUGAAAAUAAAUAAUAGUUAAUUGAUGCAUCAAUAUCAGUAAGUCCUAUUACAGAAUUAAAAAAUACAUUAAAUUAUUUAACAUCAAUAGAUGAUUAAACAAAUGAAUAAUAAGAAGAUAUAAAUAAUAGUAUUAAUAUUUAAAAAAUAAAAAAUAAAAAUACUUUAUAUAUUGCUUCUCCAGAUAAAUUAUAACCUUUACCUAAAAUAACAUUAGUUUCUAGUAGAUAAUAAGAUAGAAAUUAAUUAUCAACACCAGAUAGAUUUAAAUAAGUAAUAAGACAUAAAAUGACAAUUUUAAAAAGAAUGCAUAAUUUAUCACCUGAAGAUUCUGUAAAUAUUAAUACUAUAUAAUAAAAAACAAUUUAUGUUUAAUUACCAAAAUAAGUUAAAUUGGAAUAAAAUAUUGAAAAAUAAUGGCCAAUUAAGGCUACUUUAUAUUUAAAUGAUUUAGAUGAUAGGAUUAGAUAUCAUAAUAAUAAUUCAAAGAUUUAGAAUUGUAAUAGUAGUAGAGAUUCUAGUGUAGUUUAUGAUUAAUUAAGUUUGAAAAUGGAUGGAAGUGAGUAUAAUUCAUAAAGAACUAGUAGGAUGGGUAUAUUGAAUAAUAUAUUAUAACAUUCAGUAACUAAGAGAGGUAAAAAUAAAAAGAAAAGAGCUUUGACUUUAAAAUAUAGAGAAUAUUUGGAAUAAUAAUUCUAACAAAAAACUUAAAAUUCAUUACUAUAUUGUUGA